AAUAUCACUCAUGACCUGGCAUGAGGUUAUCUUACUUGAGAUAGAAAAUUAAAGCACAAUAAAUUGGCGUACCUCGAUCAGGCAAUGUCAGUGCUUGUUUGUGCGCAACGAUCGUGGUGUGACUAUUCAAGAAUUAUAUAUAUUUAACAUACACUGUCGAGACCGGAAUUGCAUUCAAGAUGAGGAGCUUAAUCCUCAUAGCAGUAGUGAUAACAUUAACUACCGCUAGACCUGAAUUAUAUAAAGAAAAAGAGGAUUUUCAAUACUCAAGGAGCUCUUCAGACGAGGGUACAAAGUCCGGAUAUUAUGAUGCUCAAAGAGGAAAUAUGGGAGGAAAUUACGAACGUGCUCAUAAUAUGGAUAAACUAGCACAGCAUCAGAUGAGCGGUCUCGUCCGACAAGUUGAAGGAGAACUUGGCGAUGGAUCGAGAACAAGAACCGGAAGUGUCUUUUCUGCAGCAAAUAGUAGAGGUAUUUAUGGAUCCGGAAAUUUUGACCUCAGCAACCUACAAGGUCGUAAUUUUCAAGAAAGUGCAUCUUUUGAUGACAACCAAUCGCAAACUUCUGCGUACAGAGAACACUUGUCCAACUCUAAUAGGUACAGUAAUAGUUACAGACAUGGAAGUUCCCAACAAUUACGGCAAGACAUGCAAAGCAGUCAUACGGAAAAUGCACAUAAUGCAUAUGAACGGCAUGAAUCCGAUGUGCACGGUCAUUCAUCUGGUUACAGCAGAAAUUUGGAAAGCUCAAAUAAAGCACAUGAACAACGUGAAUCUGAUGCAUACAGUCACUCAUCUGAUUUUAGCAACAGUCACUUGGAAAAUGCUAACAAUGCAUAUGAGCAAAGUGAAUCUGAUGCAUAUGGCCAUUCAUCCGGCUAUAGAUAUUAUCCACGAAAUAGAUUAAUAAAUACAACGCCUAUGAAAAUCAUGAUCAGACCUGGAACCAAGGUAAUUUUACCAGUUGCAUCAGAAACAUAUGACGCUGGUCAUAGUGCAUCUUCUUAUCAUAACAGUGAUUCAAGAAGUGAAGCUGAAGUAUUAACAAAUGGUAACGAACAAACAAAUCAUCGUUACCCUAACAAUAAUAAACAUUACGAAUCAUCAUAUAGUUAUCAUAAGGAAUGGGAAAAACAUAAUAGCAAUCCAGAAAGUGUCACGGAUUUUCCUACAGAGAGUCAGCGCUUGCAAGCAGCUCAGAGAAGUGACGACGAAUAUUACGCAAGUGGAUCAAAUUCUCACAAUUCGAAUGCUUAUAAGUAUGGUUCAAAUGUGGAAUCGGCUAAAUCUAGUGAAUCGAGGCAUCAAUCUGACUAUAACUCUCAAUAUCAACAAAGCUCAUCGUCUAACUCCAAGGCUAACGCAUACACACAUAGUGGAGCUAAUUCUGUUGUUGAUGCUGACCUUCUCAGAAAACUCGAUACAAACUCGAGACCCAAAAGUUAUCAAUCAUCUUAUUCAUACCAUAAAUCGUGGGAAAGACAGGGCGAUCCUUAUGUCAUCAUACCUACUUCUAAUAGUGGAACCAGUGCUCAGACAUCACAAAGACUAAGUGCUGCAUCUAAUCCUCAUGGAAGUUAUUCAUCACAUCAAUACGGUUCUCAUUAUAAACAAGCUCAUCAAAGUUAUACUAGUGGCAGCACAAUGGAUUGCGACUGUGAUGAAGACGAGCAUAGUCGCGUAGCUCGUUCAUACAACUCAAACCCAGAAGAAUUUAACGCUUAUCAACGACAACAAAAUGAUGACGAAGAUCAGAAACAACAGUAUCAAUCUCAAUGGAAUGAGUUACAAAAUCUUGGGCAACAGACACAAAAUAAUUGGAAACAUAUGGAAGAUUUUGGUCAACAAUCUCAAAAUAUCUGGGACCACACUGAGAACCUUGGAUUACAAUCUCAGAAUAGAUGGGAUAAAAUAGAAGACCUAGGCCAGCAAACUCAAAAUAAAUGGGAAAAUAUUGAGGAACUUGGACAACAAGCUCAGAGUAAAUGGGAUAAAAUAGAAGAUGUUGGACAACAAUCUCAAAAUAGUUGGGAUAAACUUGAAGAUCUCGGACAGCAAACUCAAAAUCAAUGGGGCAAAACAGACAGUCAAUUUAGCCAAGGAUACCAAUUUGAUAAUUUUGAACAAAGAGAGCAAUAUCACCAAAGCAAUGUUGAUCAACAACAAGAUAUAUGGGGUAUGUUGGAGAAUGCUGGUCAACAUAAACAGAAAGAUACAGAUAAUUUUGGUCAACAAAUUCAAAAUCAAUGGCAUAAUAUAGGAAAAUCUGAAAAUGAAAAUCAAAAUAAAGACAAUAUAGAAAUUAGAAAUAAAUCAAAAAAUAACCAUGAACAAUUUCCCGCUGAUAUUUCGGAAUCUAAUUUGAGUCAACAUGAAGAAAAUAAUAAACAUAGUUCACAUAUAAGCAUAUGGGAUAAAUUAAAUAAUUUUGAAAGUUUUUAUAAUGUUAAUAAAAUACCAGAAAAAGCGGCGAGUAAUACGGAAGAAGGAAAUAUUCAAAGUUUCGAAAAAGAUACAUAUAUUAAACCGGUAUGGGAAUUAGUUCAAGACAAUUCAUACAAAGUUUCAAAAAAUUACGACCUAGAUAAUAGCAGUGAAAACAACGCCAUCAACAAUUCUAGUUUAAACCAAGACACGUCACACACAGUUAAUUUUUGGAACAAAUUAGAAACACUAAGCCCAAAAGAAAAUAAUAAUAACAAAUCUAAAUCGGCCAUAAAUAGUCAAUUGGUGCGAAACGAUGAUAAAAAAGAACGAUCUAAUACUUCUUCUAAUAUCAAUACAAGCACUACUAUGAAAACAAACCAUGAUAUUGUAAUAGAACAUAAAGAUGUAGGCCGUGGCGAUAUAGCAUCAGAAGAUUUAAUUGUUAAAGAAACAUCCGAAAAUAUAGAAAACAACAAUCAUAAAAAAUAUUAUGAAGAUAAACAAUAUCCAGAAGAAAUUGAAACUCUAAGUGAGUUUAAUGAAUUAAGAUCAAAUAAAACUAAAAAUAAUUUCACUCAAAACAUUUAUGUUGAAAAUGACAGCGACUCUAAUGAAACAUUAAAUAACAGUAAUAAUGUGAUAUUAGAAGGAGGACCCGUACAAGUAGAAAAUUUACAAACGAAUAACAAUAAAAAAUUAGUACACACCAACAUUGAAAAAAAAAUUGUAGAUUUAAAAAAUGAAAACGAGGAAUUCAAUCAUAAAAAUAAUGGAGAAAAAGAUAAAAAUUUUGCUCAGAAUACAUUUGUAAAUCAAAUUAAAUACACAGAAGGAGAAAAGAAAGAUACCAAUAAACAGAACACAGAUCAUCAAUCUGAUAUUGCAUUGCAAAAUGAGAAUCAACACAGUAACAAACUAUUUAACAUACAACAAAGUCAAGAUUUAAAUGAAGAAAAUGGAAAAAGUAAUAUGGAACAGAUAAGUACUUUUGAUCAAAAUCAUGACAUAAAUGAUGUAAAUAAUGGGCAAAAAUUUGAUUUUGGUCAACAAAGUGAUAACUUUAAUCAACAAAAUAUGGAACAAGUACCUGACUUCAGCCAGCAAAAUGAACAAAAUAUAGAACAACAAUUUGACUUUGGUCAACAUAGUGAGAACUUUCAUCAACAAAAUGUUGAACAGUUUGAUAUUGGGCAACAAAAUGAGAACUAUCAAGAAAACAUGAAUCUAUUUUCUAAUUUUGGGCAACAUAACGAAAACUUAAAUGAACAAAAUAAUGCACAGCAAUUUGAUUUUGGACAACAAAGUGAAAACUUCAAUCAAAAAAAUAUGGAACAAUUACCUGAUUUUAGUCAGCAAAAUGUUGAACAAUUUGACUUUGGACAGCAAAAUAUAGAACAACAAUUUGAUAUUGGUCAGCAAAAUGUAGAACAACAAUUUGAUAUUGGUCAGCAAAAUGUAGAACAAUUCGACAUUGGAAAACAAAAGGAGCAUUCUAAUCAACAAAAUAUUGAAACAUUGUCUAGUUUUGGUCAGCAAAGUGAGCAAAAUAUGGCACAAAUAUUCGACUUUGAACACCAGAAUGAGAAGUUAAACCAACAACAUGUAGAACAAUUUCAUGUUGGACAACAAAGUGAGAAUUUUAAUCAACCAAUAAAUGGGUAUGUAGUCAAAGAUGAUCAGUUUUUUAAUCAACAAGGUAGAAACUCUGAUUACAGUCAAAGAGAUAAGUCUCAAGAAACUAUAAAACAAGAUGAAAAACCUGCUCAAAGUUCUGAGAUUAACAAUCCAAAAUAUUACUCUUUGGAUACAUUUAUUAAACAAGAUAUUGAAAAACAAACACUAACAGAAAAUCAAGCAAAUAAGAUAACUUCAACUGUACUUCCAAUUACAGAAAAGCCAGGUUUUUGGGCUUCAGUAGGAAAUAAAUUUACUGGAGCUAAAGAUAAAGUUGUAUCAUGGUUCAAAAGAAGUUAGUUCUAAAACAUAUAUACAUUAUAAGUCACAAUAAAUUAAUUAGGUACAAUAUUUAAAUAAUCACUGUAAAUAUUAUUUUUAUACAUAUUAUAGUACCAUAGAAAUUUCUUUAAAAAGUUUCAAUUAAAAUAAAAAUCAUCUAGUAAUA